AUGCCGCCCAACCCCCAAACACCAAAAUCUACGCGACUAAUGCAGUGGAUGGAAGACGAUGUUCCCGUCAUCGACUCCAAGGAAUCUUUUACCGAUGUGGUCGUCAAGCUGUCGACUUACAUCGCCAAGGCAAUCGAUUCAGCCUACACAUAUGAACAACUUCGCACCACCACCGCCGGGCAGAGUCUGAAACCCUUGAUCUCCAAUUUGAGUGAUAACUGCCACCAUCCCGCAGUGGUUGCCGGGCUACUCGCCUCGAGGUAUCUUUUCACCAAUGCCGAUUCCGACAGCGAUAGUGCAUUGAACGACUCGAGGGCUCUUGCCUGUGAACUCGUGGCCUGGCAAUUCUUGACCUUCCUCUCUGAGAAGGAGUUGAUCGACUACCUGCUGUACGAACUGCCCGAAUAUGAGUCGGCCGACGACGAAAACGACGAAAACGAUGAAUCAGCCAUUGAAGAAGGUUCCAAUGGCCAAACUCCAAGGACCCCCAGACCACAUGGGAAUGGCCAUUCUGAUGAGAGAUCGCCACUCAUUCGCACUUGUACCGCCGAAUAUGGAAACUUCCGCCCACCGAAGCGUGCCAGCAUCGAUCAUCUGAGUGGACACACUCCAAGUUCCAUGUUUCAAGACGACGCGAAUGGCUCUCGAAUCAACCUCGACGCGUCCAUGGCCGGUAUGAAUGCUUUGGAAAUAGCGGCGAUUGGUGAUGCCAAGAAGUUUCUCUCCCAGAACCCGGUGCAGAAAAUCGUCGAAGAUAUCUGGAACGGUGACGUGGUGUUCUGGGAAUCCCUCUCCGUCCAUGCGGUCAAGAAGCCUCGCGUCUACAACAAACGCCUCGCCGAUCCAUUCUCUCGCCUUCGUGUGCCCAAAUAUCAAAAGUUCUUCCAGACCGCGUUUUUCGUCUCGCUCCUUGCGCUAUAUUAUGCAGUACUGGUGGAGCGCAAUCCGGAUCAUAUUACUGCGACUGAGGCAAUGUUGUACAUUUGGAUCGCUGCCUUUGCAUAUGAUGAAUUUGGAGAAAUUCAGGAUGCCGGUCUGAUGUUCUACCAGACCGAUUUUUGGUCCCUGUGGGAUAUUGGCAUUAUUGGUGUCUCGGCUGCCUUUGUUCUCACCCGAAUCGUGGGGCUCAUGAAAGAUAGCGACUACAUCAUUGAUGUGGCUUUCGACAUAUUGUCCAUGGUUGCACUCUUCCUCGUUCCCAGAAUAUUCUCAGUCAUGAGCUUGAACCCAUACUUUGGCAGUUUGAUACCUGUGCUCAAAGAAAUGACUAAAGCAUUCUGCAAAUUUUUGCCUGUCAUAAUCGUCCUUUAUCUUGGAUUUCUCACCACUUUUACCAUGCUGGCUCGAGAUCGAAUGUCACUUAAUGAGAUGUCCUGGCUACUCAUCAAAGUCUUUUUUGGAUCGAGCUAUCUUGGUUUCGACAUGGCUGUCAAGAUCUCACCACUGUUUGGAUAUACCUUGAUCGCUGCCAUCAUAAAGCAGGCCGGCGCUUACACGAGUCAGCUGAUUUUCGUCUGCUUGACCAACAUUCUACUCAUCACAUCUCUCGUCUCUCUCGUGUCCAACUCCUUGACUGAGGUCAUGGCACACGCCCGAGAGGAAUACCUUUUCCAAUAUUCCAUCUACGUGCUCGAGAGCAGUACUUCGCGUCGCCUCACCUAUUUCAUGCCCCCUCUGAAUCUGCUACCUCUCACCCUAUUGAGACCCCUGCGACUCUUUUUUCCCUCGGAACAGGUUCGGCGGAUCCGUAUCUUUGUCUUGAAAGCCACCCACCUCCCAUUCAUGGCUGUCAUCUGGGCAUACGAGAAGUCUCGCCGACUAGUCUCUCAACCCCAUCCUACUUUAACAAAGGCCCCACACUUUUCGACUCGCCCCCUUAGCUCAGGUCACUUCAAUUUUGACGGGGGUCACGAUUUUGUCAAGGCAUCUUCCUCACGUACAGCGCUUCCUGAAACAUCUCCAUCAAGGUCUCCUAAUAUGGUCGACUCAACGCUGAAGUCUGCCUCAGGCGGUGUCGAAAAUGCAGAAAUGCUCCUUCUCAUCCAAAGGUUGAGUGAGCAAGUGGAUAGCUUAACGGCAAUGGUCGCCGGUCAACGGAAAGACUAA